UCAUUUUCGUACCUUGCUGUACCUACCGGUCUCUCCCGUGAAAAGGUGACCAAUGGCUCUUUUUCAACAACCUCGUUGGCUUCGAAGGUGGAUUAGACGCAAAACUAAUCCGAUUCCAUUGGAUCGCGCCCAGCUGUGGAAACGUCGGCUCAGUCUAUUCUACGCCGUUGUGGCAUGGAAUGCUUUCGGUGGAGUGUGCUACAUGGUUUACACCGGCCGCAAUGAUUGGGCCAAGUUUUAUGGCUACAAAACGGAGGAGGAAGCCCAGCUUCCGCCAGCAAUCCGAUAUGCUCAGCAGUUAAAUCUACCAAAUGCAAAGGUGCUUAAGUUUAGUGGCCUUUCGAAAAAGGACGAGUAUGAACUGAAGGAUUUGGAGGUGAUUCGCCCGUCAGAGAGUGCUGAUAAAGUAGAAAACUAAGCUAAGAGGCGUCUAAAUUUGUUUGAAAUAUUAAACUUUAUUAAUACGUAUGAACAAUGUCGCAUAUUUUGUCUUCAUUUGCAAUUCGUCAUUGCAUGAGCGCAUGUAGGUUUGUAAUAUAAAAGUGCAGCUAUGUGGAUUCAUGAAACUAUGUAUGAUUGGACAUCAAGGCACUGCUGGAAAUAUAGAAAAUCUCAGGAACGCCUCUAACCAUUCUUAUCAUUUCGUCCAUGAAUUCGACCUAAGUAUUACAUUAUGCACUAUCGAUGGACUGAAAUUCUAAAGGUGCGGUUAAAUAGGUGAACAAGGAACUGUUUCAUAUCACAAUUUCUUAACAGCACAAGCACAU